CAACUUAUCCAGAGCUCGUGAAAACAUGAGAGGCCACCGGAGAGACGAGCUCCAUCUGAACUGCACGGAGCGCCACCCGCGUUUAUUUUGUUGAUCGAGAAAAGUUUCAUGAAGAUACAAUGUUUAUGAAUGGGAGUUUUCUGAACACCACUGCGCUGGACCCUAGCGAGCAAGCACUUCACCGGCCGCCCUGGGUCACUACUACUCUAGGGUGUUUCCUCAUAUUCACUAUAGUGGUGGAUAUUUUAGGAAACCUGCUGGUGAUUUUCUCCGUCUACAGAAACAAGAAACUUCGGAACGCAGGUAACAUCUUUGUGGUGAGUUUGGCUGUAGCAGACCUGGUGGUGGCCAUCUACCCAUAUCCACUGGUCCUCACCUCCAUAUUUCACCGGGGCUGGAACCUGGGAUACAUGCACUGCCAGAUCAGUGGCUUCCUGAUGGGCGUCAGUGUAAUCGGCUCCAUUUUUAACAUCACCGCCAUUGCAAUUAAUCGCUAUUGCUACAUAUGCCACAGCCUCAAGUAUGACAAGUUGUACAGCGACAAAAACUCAGUGUGCUACGUCCUGCUGAUCUGGGCAUUGACUGUGCUUGCUAUUGUGCCCAACUUGUUCGUAGGCUCACUGCAGUAUGAUCCGCGGGUUUACUCAUGCACUUUUGAACAGUCGGCGAGCUCGGCGUACACCAUCGCUGUCGUCUUCUUCCACUUCAUUCUUCCCAUUAUGAUUGUUACCUACUGUUACCUGCAAAUCUGGAUUCUGGUCAUACAGGUGAGACGACGUGUCAAGCCGGACAAUCGCCCUAAGCUCACACCUCAUGAUGUACGAAACUUUGUUACAAUGUUUGUCGUAUUUGUGCUCUUUGCUGUCUGCUGGGCACCUUUAAACUUCAUCGGACUGGCCGUAGCAAUUUCUCCAGAGCGUGUGGUUCUUCUAAUACCAGAAUGGCUCUUUGUGGCAAGUUAUUUCAUGGCGUACUUUAACAGUUGCCUCAACGCAAUAGUCUAUGGAGUGUUGAACCAGAAUUUCCGACGCGAGUACAAGCGAAUCGUUGUGUCGGUAUGUACUGCGAGGAUCUUCUUUCCAGAAAGUUCCAACGAGGCACAAGAGAGAUUAAAGAGUAAACCCUCGCCACUCAUGACCAACAACAAUCAGGUCAAGGUGGACUCUGUGUGAACUGCGUGCAUGUAAAUGUGUGUAUGUUUCAGAGGUGAAGAGAACACAAUAAAAUAAACCAAGCAAACUUACAUUUAAAUGAAAUCUGAUAAGACUUUACCAAAUAUGUUGCCAGGGAGUGUCUUGUCCUGAAACUGUGAUCUGUUGCCUCAACCCAAUAAAAACAAACAGGAAAUUAUUAUCAUGACAUCUUUUAUAAAGCACUUUCUUUGUUUUUGUGUUGGUCAGAUGUAUGUAUGAAUUCCUCUUGUUUAAAUGUUUACAGUGAUUAUGUCAAGAAAUCUAUGAAAUACAUACUUUGUGUAAUGAUUUUAUAUGAAUUAUCUGUCUGAACAGAUCAAAAAUGUAUAUACGGUAUAAAUUUUAUAUUACUGUAUAUAAAUAUAUCUUGAGUUAUAUUGAGUUACACUGAUGUUGAUCAUUCAGUGGAGAAAGAAGAAUAACAUUAUCAAAAUGAUGCCAUGCACAUCAGCAUAUCUCUAAAAUGCCUGGUUACAAUUGUGAACCAAAUCUUAACAAAAUACUCUACCAAAAGAGUUUGUUACAACGUUUACUGCUUUGAAAUGACCUCACCCGGUUUUACACUGUUUCUCUCCAUUUGAGGAGGCAAUACACCUGGAUUGCUACUUUACCACAAAACCCUGCAAAUAUGUUUGAAAGAUUCCUCUCCUUUCUACAGUCUCUUUGACCUUCAUCCUUGCCUCCUACGAUCUUUUUUUUUUUUCUAACUCUCAUAAUCUAGUUUUGCAUCUUGUCUUUGUUUUUUUUAAAGUCUCUGUCUAUUUUCUCUCCCUCCUUUUUUCCCUUUAUUUGUCUCUUUCUCUCCACUCUUUGUACGCAUGGAUUUAAUGACAAGUUCAUAUCCAAACUGAUUAAAAUAAUAAAAUAAAAAUUUUUGAAGAUUUGAAAAAAAUGAAUUUCUGCAUAAUUAUGCUUAAUAAAGUUAUAAAUUAGUUCACACACACACACAAAAAAAAACAUUGUCAUCAUUAACUCACCCUGAUAUCGUUUCAAAUAUAUAUAACUUUCUUCUGCAGAACAGUUACAUUUUUUUGCAAAAGCUGAUUUCCAUAAAAUAGCAGUUCAUAGUGACUCAUUUCAAAGCUUAAAAAGCACACAAAAGUAUUAUAAAUGUAGUUAGUGUGACUAGUAUGCCAUAUUCCAAGUCUUCUGAAGACAUACCAUCACUUUGUAUGAUGAACAGACUGUAAUUUAAGUCUUUAUUCACUUAAAUCAAAGCAAUUUAUUGUAAACUGCACAAAUCCAAUAUGGCGACACGUCAGUAACAU